AUGGAAGGAGCUGUUGAUCUCUUCUUCCACUGCGCUCCUUCCAGAAAAAGAUCUCUGCAAGGGAGUACCCGAUGGUUUGCCCGAGCUCGUGCAACCUUUAAAAAUCAACGGCAAACAAAGGGUACUUUUCUUCGAGCUCCUGAACAGAUCUCGUACAGAGGAAGACUAAGAGGCUAUUGGUUACUUGGGCAUUAUCAACCUCCGAUCGCUUGCGACCAAGCGGCCAGAAUGGGCUCGCUUGGCUGCCUCUUUUUCUACCAGAACCGUGGUAGAAAAAAUGCUCUGGAAGAUUCCAACAGGAAUUCCCAUCACGCCGAUUCCAAAAUACCAGAAGGAAAUUUCCGUCUGCUUUCUAGGAACAUCUUCCGCCACACCGACCUCCACUCGCUCAACUUCAUCUCUAGGUAUCUAUUUAGUUUAACCCUUUUGCAUUUAGGAAUCAAGCUUGGGUCGGACACCCUUUGGAUUUUUGAUUGUGGAGAUGGGACCGUUCGCCAGCUCCUUUCCUCGCCGAUUGCGUUGUUGAGGCCCUCUGUUAUCUUUAUUACGCAUCUUCAUGAGGACCAUUUCCUUGGACUUCCUGCGCUUGUCAAAUUGUGCCAAGGUUGUUGUUUUGUUUGUUUACUUUUAGAAAAGGUAACUGUGGUUGGCCCUCUUGGUAUCUAUGACCUGCUUUCGCCCUUUUUAAAUGCUUAUGACAUGAAAAGACAAGUUUCUUUUGUUGAAAUAGUCCCUGCAGAAAAAACGCCACCCAGUAACUUCAAAUCUAAUGCCAUGCACAGAUAUGUUUGCCCUUCGAGCGUGGAAAGCUCGACGUAUGUGGCUUAUCAAGAUCAAGAUUUUGCAGUCAUUGCGAUGCCAAUUAAACAUUCCACCUUUUGCCUUGGGUAUGUGAUCUUCGAAAAGGCACACUCAUUGGCAUGUGUUCCCAGGAAAAUUUCGAUUCUUGGAGACACCUCGCAUCCGUGGAGCAUUCUUCAAUUGGCUCGAUACUCCGAUGCCCUCAUCCACGAAUGUACGUUUCUCGGAUGUGAAAGACUUCGAGCAGAGAUGACAAUGCACUCCACAACCUCCAUGGCAGGGGCAUUUGCAAAGGCAGUGGCCCCACGAGCCCUAUACUUGAACCACUUUUCCAAGCGAUAUUUCCUUUACGAAAUUGAAAAUCUGCACAACAACGAUCCACACACGGAAUUACUUCUUGCUGAGGUUCGUGCCGCAAUGGGGCUACCUCCUGUGAUUACAGAAGAUGACCCCGUUGUGCUUCCCGUGAAGGACCUCCAAUCCUAUAGAAUCCCGUCGAGAUCGGCCAAAGAUUUCUUGAAAUUUGUGACGGCCGAUUCGAUGCGUAAUUGUACAGAAAACACAGCCCCAGAGCAUCCGGUUUAUCCCUUUGUACGGAUGCCUCGAAAGGACCCAUGCACGGCCGAGUCUUCAAUGUUGCUAAUGGACUUGAAAGAUUAA